GUUCGGAAGCUGGUUGGUACUAUUUUCAAGCAGUGCUCGGGAGAACGCCCUCUGUGCUCGCUCCUGCGCCUGGAGGGCGGCCCCUCCUGGCAUGGAGCGGCCGCUCCUGCGCUGCGCAACGCUCGUGACGUGUGGCUCCGGCACGCCUCCGCCACUCCCCGCCCAUGCUUUUGCCUGGGCUUUCUUGAUGGACUCCUGGACCUGAGCCUUCAGUGGGCUUUGCCCGAGUUCGAGGGCUGUGAUGGGCUCUUGCGGGGCCAUGCGAAUGAGGCCUCUCCGUGGCUCGUCUGGCUUCUGAAACGCGAGGUUGUGGACAAGUAUGCUUCGGGUUCCAGGCUGUACUUCCGCAUCGUCUUGGAGGGUCUCGCGGCCAAGAAGUACUUCCCCUCGAAAAGGGCUGCGCUCGGACCGUUGCCUUUUGAGGGCUGUGGCACUUUUCUCGUGCUGUGGAGGCUGACUACCAAGUCGAGGUUUGCCCCCUCUGCGGUGAGCCUGGAGAUGCCGUUUAUCACUGGACUGUAUGCGCACGCGGAGAUGGGGUGGGAGCUGUUGGCGGACGUGUUCCUGGAUGGCCGCCCCUCGCAGCUUCCGGCACCGCGCUUUGCGUCUGCGAUGUCCCCGUGGGGCCGCUACGCCUCCGAGUGGGACACUUUGCGCAAUGUGCAGAUGGUGCGGCACUUCGUUGGCCCCAGCUUUCAUAUCUACCUUCUCCCAGAAAUCCUGGCAGCGCUGACCGCGCUUGAGAUGGGGGCGCUUUGCGCAGAGAAAGACGGGAGAGGGGAGGCGGUGAAGGAGCUGGUGCCCGUGGAGUGCAGCUGCCCGUUCCCUUGGGUGUGGUUCGUGCUCGGCCUGAGCAUCGUGGGCGCGGCCGGCUUCGCGGCUGGGCGCCGCUGCGACCAGAAGGCCUGCACUGACGACACGCCCAAGAUAGACAUCUCCCUUUCGAUCGAGGACAUCGCCCGUGAGCAGCGCCUGGAGGAGCGCUUGCGGCAGGCGGUGGAGCAGGGUAUCAGCGACGUGCGCGUGCAGCCCGUGUCGCUUGACGCGCAGGGCAACCGCCACCGCUCCUUCCGCGACGCCAUUCUGAUGAUGCGAGAGGACGCGUGGCCGGACUGGCCAAUCCGAGUGAGAUAUCGUGUGGAGGGCGCGGAGAAGGCUCGCCUCAACGCACUUCGGGAGUCUAGGGACUUCGAGGACUCUCGGGACGUCGUCUACGCGGAGGCUGCCGCCCGCCCGCCGGACUACAUGCCCCUCGGGUUCAUGGACGUGGACCCCCUGCUCUUCGAGGAGAUCCCCGCGGACCUCAUGAGGCCCCAGGAUUGGAAGGAUGUCUUGGCCGUUCGGGUGGGCUACGACGCCGAUAUCAUGCAGUUAGAGGAUGAGGCCCUCGCGUUGGCCUGCAAGCACAUCCUGCGCGCUGGUGCUGCCGCGGGAGCACAGCGCGAGACGCGCGUUGCCACCGCCCAGCGCCUGACCGCACAGCGGGGGCCAUUGGGGUCCCUCACGGGUCUCGAGCAGAUUGCGAUCCGCCUGGUGACGGAGGCUCUCUACAAGAAAAAUGCGACAGCAUUCCUGGACUUGUGCGCCAAGCUGGGCCUGGACUGGCACGACGUCGUGGAGCUGGACGCGGUCUUAGCCCAGCACGUGGGCGAUUGCUCUCACCACAACGUGUCGUCCGACCACGGCACGCAGCGGCUGGGCGGCCUCGCGCAUCUCUACCCGAGCUUGCAGGUGCAGUGGGAGCUACAGUGGCCGAGGGCUGCUCGCGCCUCGAUCCCUUGGAAGCGGAGGGUGCCUGUGGGGGCCCAGCUGCCAUUGCCGAAGGCGGUAGCCAUGGCCAUGUGCCUGUUGCUGGUGGAGGCGGGUGCGCCCUGGAUGGCCGUCUGGGUCGCGCUGUCGUUCGUUGCCUACCUGAGGCCCAGCGAGACGUUCAAGUGCCUGUGGUCGUUCGCGGUCGAGGCCUUGAGGCCGAAGUACAGCCGCUGCUUAAGCCUCCUGUGCUUCCCCCAGGUCUCGGGCCACCUGCGCGGCCUCCGCCACGGGGGCGCGUUGGACGGCUCGGUCAGUCGCCGAAGGAGCGCGUUCCAGGGGGGGCUUCAAAGCAGGCUGGCAUCCGUGAAGAGUUUAGAACGGUACGGCAAGGAGACAAAGCUGCUGCCGGAGAUCCGCUCUGCGCACGGCGGCGUAUUUCGUUUGGGACAUCUCAAGUUGGAGCAUUUCUGGGCGGUGGUCAUGGCAGACGGGACCCUGGAGGCCAGCAUCGGUCACCUCAUCCCAGCGACGCUCGUGCUGGCGGUGCGAGCUGCCCGAAGGAUCACCCUCCGUGUCAUGGUGAUCCUCGGUCACGCUGCCGUGGCGGGAGCCGCGGCGACGGAGGCCCUCGCGGAGCGCGUGCGUCUCCUGGAGGGCGAGGUGACACGGCGCCGCGAGGUGCUCGCGGAGAACGAGAAUCUGCGGCGGAGACUGGGCGCCGGGGAGCAGCGUCUGGCGAUGGGCGAGCAGCGCGCUGUAGAGCGCGACGGCGGCGCAGCCGCAGCAGCUGCACCGGGUCCCAGCAGCGGACAGGUCGUGGACACGAGACUGUUGAACAAACCGCGGACGUUCACGGGCUUGCACUCGGAGUGGAAGAUAUGGUCGUUCGACUUCGAGGCCUACGUGUUCGCGGUCCACCCCCGAUUGGGGGACUUGCCCAACCAGGUCGAGGUCAGGAAAGCCCCGCGAGGAAACGGGCUCGCUGCGUGGUGGCACUUGUUUCGAGAGUUCGCGCCGAAGGAGGCGAACAGGUUCGCGGCCAUGCUCGGUCGGAUCAUCCGAUGCGAGUUUGCGGACCCCGCGAUGGCGAGUUCGGCGGAGUUCGAGCAGCUCGUCAGGGAGUGCGCGGACACGAGCGGCGAAGUGAAUUCGGACAACAUGAAAAGGGGUGUGAUCGUGUCGGGCAUCAACGAGAAGCUGGCGGACCACCUCAGCUUGAAUGCUUCGCGCUUGGUCACGUACGACGACUUGAAGAGGGAGCUGAAGACGAUCUGCUCAUCGCAGCGACGUUGGGCAGCAGCGGACUCUGGAGGCGACGGCGCAGUCCCGAUGCAGGUCGAUGCAAUCGGUAAAGGCAACGGCAAAGACGGCAAGGGCAAG